GCACCUAUUGCUUUACCAGCAGGAAGUAGGACGUGGUUUGGGGCUUUUUAUUCUCGGCCUCACUAGCCCUUUCGAUACUUCAGGGCCUCGUCUCAGUCUGACAAGGCAAGCAAGCAGCAGCUUCCUGUGCAAAGGUGAGAGGGAGAAGACAGAGACCACGCACGUACGAGAGGAACGGCUCUGCAGCAGAACUGCUGGGCUGGAAGCACCUCUCCUCUCAUGCCAGCAGCACUGGCUGACACCUGGACAUGCAUUGAACUAGGAUAUCCACCUCCCUCCCUGUUGCUUUUCCCCCUCCCUGUUCCCCUCUCUGUUUGGCGUCCAGCACCUGCUUCCAUCCAACCCCACAACCUGGUCCUUGGGGACUCCAUCUGGAUCGCCGGGUGCCUGGAGCUGGAAGCGUGUCACCAGUACAGAUGAAGCCCUCUCUGCUGCUUCUGUGUUACCUCUGGCUGUUCAGCUUCAUGCCUCCCUCAUGGACAUCAGACUCAGCACAAGGCACCUCCAGCCUAACUUGCUGGUAUGACUCACGAGCAGCUCUCUUUUGUGACUGGAACCCAGGCAGGGACCUGGUUGAAGCACCAUGCCAGCUGGAGAUUUUAUCAAAGUUAGCUUUUUGUGACAGGUUAUUUCCCUUUCCUGAAAAAUUCAAGGAGCACUGUGAAUUGCCCAAGGCAGAACACAUGACAGGACUGAGGAGAUGCAUCAAGACCUUCGGCAAAAACAGUAAUUCUCAGUGCUUCACCACUGCAGAUCGUCUUACCAUGUCUGUCCAUUGCCAGAUUGGAGAGAAUAGGUCUAUGCCUGCGCAAAUAGAAGAUUUCAAUCCGCUUGCAAAUAUAAAGCUGAGGCCUCCAGGAAAUCUUCAGCUGGUUAACAAAACUGAAAACAUGUACAACUUAACGUGGAGCCUGGAUAUUUCCUCUCACUAUUUGGAUGGGGAGCGGGAAUACCAAGUGCGGUAUCGAACCACGAGUCAGUCCUGGGAGGAGGCCAGGAACUUCACCAUUGUGCAGGACCAGAUGUGGGUGGUGUUUGAGAGCCUCUCACCCAACUUGAAAUAUGAGGCAGCUGUGCGUGCAAGGCCAAGUGCUUCAAGUACCUACAAAGGCGUGUGGAGCGACUGGAGCAAGACAAUACUGUGGAGGACACAUGCUGACCAAACAUCCCAGCCUUUCCUGCCAGCAAUUAUAGUGAGCACUUGCAUCUUCGUGAUCAUUGGGACUGCCUGCCUUAUUAACUUACGGACCCUGAAAUGGUUUAAGAAAGUCCUGAAGAUUCACAUCCCAGACCCUGAGAAGUUCUUUCCCCCACUUGUUUCAGUUCACGGAGGUGACAUUCAGAAAUGGCUCUCCUCCCCAUUCUCCACAUCUUCCUACUGUGUGAACAGCAUAACCCCAGACAUCUCCAUGCUUGAGGUAAUGCAGAAGAAUGACCAGGAUUCCCAGUCUCUACUUUCCAAGGGCACCCUGACUCCUGACCCUCCCUUAGAAACCAGUGGGCACUCUGUAUCCAGCUGCUUCACCAACCAAGGCUACUUCUUCUUCCACCUUCCCAACUCCUUUGAGAUUGAACCCUGUCAGGUCUACUUCACCUAUGAGCCUUUCACCCAAGAGGGCAGUGGCACAGAGGACAGCGAGUCUUACCAUGGUCUCCCCUCCCCAGAUCUCUGCACACUGGCAGAGAACAUGCCUAUGUUGUCACACAACUUCUUUCACUGCAUCAAGGAAGCUUGGGGCUUCCAAAACAGCUCCUUUGUGGGAGAGGCAGAAGGUGAAGCUCAGCAUGCCAUGGCUAUUUCUGGGGCACUCCAGUCAAGUGAAGGCACCUCACCACCAAUGGUUCUGAAAAAGGAUGAGAAGAUGAUGGACAAGGUAGCUUUACAACCUGCUGAGGCUCUGUGCCAGCUGGAGACUGAAUUUCCUGACCCACUGGACCUGCUUGACAGCAAUACUACCGAUGUAACAGAGGGGAGUGGGAAGGCAGGCCCUCCAACUGACCCCUGUACGCCAGCAGCACACGCUACCUCUUCUUUCUCUCAGCCUCCACCUCUAAGGCAAAGCCAGGAUGAGGAUCCAUGCAGAACAGCUUUCUCCAACCAAGUCCCAAACACUGGUGCCUACCUUUCUCUGAGGGACCUCCAAAGCCAGUACAGCCAUUGCUCUGUCUAGGAUCUGCCUGGAGGAAACCCACAGGUGGGAAAGGUCUUCUCUGCAGGGAAGGCUAGACGGACCGUUUUUCUGUUCAGGACACGAAUGUGACUUCAGCAUCAAACCCAUUGGGACUGUUCUUUAAUGAGGCUGGAGACCACAGUUACCCUAGAGAGCUGCAAAACCAGAAAAGGGAUAGGAUAGACAAGGUGGAAAUUCAUGGAUGGCUACACAGAUAGCACUAGUUCCCAAGGUAAGGCAUUAGUGAAACAGAUCACUGGAAAUGAGAGGGCAUUUUGCAUGGAGAAUUGGGCUAGUGGACAGUAAAGCAACACAGAUAGACACAUUAAAGCUGUUCAGUGGCCACACAGCUAAUGGAGAUGUAGAAGCCUGAUUCUUUGCUGUACAGGCCAACAGGGACUCACCUUCAUAACUGAACCUGUUUCUCUGCUAUUACUGGAUCCUAUGGCACAGAAACCCCUUCCCACAAUGCUCAAGUGCCAUCCCAAACCUCACCAGCUUGUUUUUUCCUUCCCAGUUCCUAGUGGAUGCUGUGCCAGCACUUUCAUGCUCUGCAUCUUGGUGUAAAGUAGCACUCAGCUUUAAGGCCGAGCAGGGAGAUGGUCUGUUUGCCUCAUCCCAGCUUAAAAGCCUCUAAUGGGAGAGAGUCCUGAAGAGGUAGACAUGAGAUUUUGUGCAGGGGACAGUAGCACUGCCAGUCAGUGCUGCGGCUGGUGAUGAAAUAGAUGAAGACAUCUCCUCCUGAUUGACCAAGGGUGUUUUUUCCUGUGAUGUCCCCACUUCAGGUUUUAAUCAGAGAUUACAUUCUGAGCUACUCAGUCCAGCUUCAGACUCGAGUCUGUAAGGUCAGCUCAGAGCUACAACUGUCAGCUGUCUAAGCAGUGCAGUGUAAAAAGAAAUCCCCAUUACUGGGUUAAAAAUAGUGGGGAAAUCCCCUCCCUCCCCCUUCUUUCCCCCAGGUCUGAUGAUGGCAGUAAAAAGAACGCACACAAUUUCCCAUUCUUGCUGCAAUAUUUUUCAUGAAAUUGAAAACCUGUCUGCCCUACUGGCAAAAUAGUUAUUUGACUAUGGUAACCUAUUGCAGAAUAGUUCAUCCCACAUCCUGUAUUAGUGGAAAACAUCGCAACGGUGCUGCCUAUUCCUUCCAUUGCUCAAGGGAAACCAUUGCCUAAUUAGCAGCAAAGAUGUGGUGAAUGAGCCCAGAAAACUAACCCACGAAUCAGCACUCUUGAUGAAAAGAAAAUCUCAAUCCCCUCACAAAGAAUGGGGAUAGUAAAGACUACUUCCCCUCCCCCCCCCCCCUCCAUUUGCCAAUCUGGGUUGAGAAAAAGCAGCACAUCUCAGAAGAAAAGUGGCAAGGCAAAGGAAGACAAGCUGUUCUGGUUACAUCCAUCCCUGCAUUUGACAUUUGUACUGUCUGUCUGCUUUCCUGCCAUAUUUCGGGACUAUUCAGAAGUGGGAAAAUACCAGCCCUGUGCUAAAGAUUUUUCUUCUAAGGGUUUUUAUAUCAAAAAGGUCAAGGAUGUUGACCUUGUUGGUACUUCUGUCAUCCCUGUGAGUAUCACCCAGAACUAAUUCUUCCCUGCCGCUGUCUGUACAAGUGUCAGACUUCCCCUUUGUCCUGGUCCCACACUGUUACCUGACCUUGCAUUGCGCAGCCUGAAUGCCAUUAUGAAUCCCGGCUAUGGGGUCACCCUCUGGCUUGUAUUUCACCUCAAAAAAGCUGCUGAAAGUAGUUGAGCCUGCCUGCAGCUGAGAGGGCUGGGGGAGCUAUACCUCUCCUCUCAUCAGCUUCUUCACCACCUGCAUCAAGAUGUGGACUGCUCCAUUGUCUCCAGGAGUCCACAGGUGAAGACCCUACAGCUUCCCAGAUAAGGAAGCACAAGGCUUGCCCAGCUGUUUAUUAUAUUUUGAGAAUCUUCCCAGAUGGACUUAAAAAAGAGACACCGAAUCCCUGAUGGGCAAUUUGCUAUCUUACACAGGCCAAGGAUCCUUGUUGUACUGAUGGUUAUCCUGUCCCAGUGUAGAUCUUCAUGAGCUUUUCAAUUAUCCUUGCUGCUAACAUGAAUACAAAAGAAAAACUUUGCCUCUUUGUAAAUAAAAGACAUAUUAAAGAA